AUGGCUGAACCCCAACCCGUUCUCGCCGAGCCACCUGCGGCAAUUCCAUCAACAACACCAAACGGUCAGGCUGGCCAGAAGAAAGAGCAGCACAACCAGAACCGAGGCCCUCCGCCUCACACUAUCUACGUGCGACCAGUGCCUAUCCGAACCUUCCCACUGCCGUCCUUCUACCCCAACAAUCCUGUUUCCUUGUUCCACCUCGCAUACGCAUGGCUAAGUCAGGUCUUCUCCCCACCUCCUGCAGAGCCAUCUGCCGUUCUACGGGGAACAUGGUCUCCUGAGACUUCGUCUGUCCAUGUGACAGACGAUAGAGUCAUUCGCGCAUUAUGGGAGCAAGGUUUCUACGGCAAGGGCAGUCUCAGCCGCAGUGAGCCCAACUGGCUGAAGAGAGAGCAAGUGCGCCGUGGUCUGCAAGAAACCCACGUCAGCGAGGUCAUGACAGCUCAGAGGCGCGAUGAGCGCCUGCGUGCCAAGUGGGAGCGGGCGAGACUCGAGCAGGAGCUCAUCCGCCAGACGAGGGAGGCCGAGCAGGCUGAGCAGAGGAGACUAGAGGCCAAGAGCACUCCUGCGUCCAGCAAGCCGAAAAGGUCGACACCUGAAGUACGAAAAGCUUGCGCGCAGAAGGACUUUGCUUCCCCAACCGGGCCACACGAGCUUCUGGCUCUCCCAAACUCCCUCGCUGACCUGGCUCUCAAUCACAGCGCCAUCGGGAAGAAACCUUCCGUCUGGGCGGCCCUUUCGCCGACGGGGCCAUUAGAGAUUCUGGCACUCCCCAAUUCCGCGGUUGAUUUGUUGGCACGUUCGUGCACCGAAGACUCCGCUGAUGUGCCCUCGUUGGUGGAUGACCACGACGACUCCGGCGAGGAUGAGGUAUCUUCUGGGCAAGACGCGAGUGAUUCAACCCCGACAAAUCUCAACGGAACUGCGCCACCAGUCAUCCCUGGUUUGCACAUUCUGCGCGCUCGAAUGCAGAAGAGCGUUCGCUUUUCUCCGGAUGUGGAACAGGCCGCUUUUAGUGUCGCGGACCCCCCUAGUCCAAGCCGGAAGGUAGGGGACAUGGAGAAGUCGGACGGUGACAACACCCCAUCGGAUGUCAUUGUCAAUAAGGAGCAUCUUCAACUCAUGCCCGAGGAAGCCCUCUGGCUCAGCUUCGGUUUAGGCGCGCUAGCCGUGAAUGAUCCCCUCUCUGGGCGACAGCUCUCCACGCGUGAGCUCCUCGCCUUGUUCCGCCAGCACUCCUAUUUCCCUCCGCGCGAUGGUCCGGAUGACCUUGACCUCCAGCCCGAUGACGGCUUCCUGCUGCACUACGCUGUGUAUCAUCAUUUCCGGUCCCUUGGCUGGGUGCCCCGCUCUGGUAUCAAGUUUGGUGUCGACUGGCUCUUGUACCAGCGAGGCCCGGUGUUUGACCACGCCGAGUUUGGUCUUGUCGUGGUGCCGUCGUACUCUGAUCCAUAUUGGAGGACCGUGGGGAAGAGCAACCCGCAGAAGAAGUGGGAGUGGCUCCACAGCAUCAUCCGUGUAUUAUCACAUGUAAUGAAGAGCCUGGUGCUUGUGUACGUGGAGGUACCACCGCCUCGCGAACUCGAGAAGAGCUUGGAUAAGGGGUUUGCCAGUGCUUUGAAGCUUUACAAGGUCAGGGAGGUGAUGAUCAAGCGGUGGUCGAGCAAUCGCAAUCGAUGA